GGCUAGCAGAGGGUGCAGAGAAAAGUUGACGAGAAGCUCAUUGAAGACUGAACUAAAGUUUGGAGUUACAGAGAUCCCCGCCCCUCCAUGCACGUUAUAUAGUGCAACCUGGACACCAACAGGUCAAUAUCUGGCUAACCAUUCAAACCAUAAGGCUGUCUUUACAUCACUAUGAAAGGCGACAUGGAGAGCCUGCCCAAGAUGGACCCCUCCAACGAUCACAGUCGGCCCCUGGACAUUGUGCCACAGAGCGAUGAGAAGAUGAAGGAGAGGGGUCAGUGGGGCAACAAGGUGGAGUUUGUCCUGUCUGUCGCCGGGGAGAUCAUAGGACUGGGAAAUGUGUGGCGCUUCCCUUACCUGUGCUACAAGAACGGAGGAGGGGCUUUCUUCAUCCCCUACCUGAUCUUCCUCUUCACGUGUGGGAUCCCAGUAUUCUUCCUGGAGACAGCUCUAGGACAGUACACCAGCGAGGGCGGUAUCACCUGUUGGAGGAAGAUCACUCCACUGUUUGAAGGAGUGGGCUACGCCACACAAGUCAUCGUGGCUCUGUUGAACUUCUAUUACAUCAUCGUCCUGGCCUGGGCCAUCUUCUACCUGUCCUACUCCUUCACCUGGGACCUGCCCUGGGCCUCCUGCAACAACACAUGGAACACAGAUUCCUGCUUGGAGUUCCAGAGGAUGAAUGACUCUUUCAAUCAGCUACGUCUGAACGCCACGUCUCCUGUCAUUGAGUUCUGGGAGCGGAGGGUUCUGCGUAUCUCCUCUGGCAUAGACAAUAUAGGAUCUCUCAACUGGGACCUGGUGCUGUGUCUGGCCAUAGCCUGGAUACUGGUUUACUUCUGUAUCUGGAAGGGAGUCAAGUCCACUGGCAAGGUGGUGUAUUUCACAGCUACCUUCCCCUACAUCAUGCUGUGUAUCCUGCUCAUCAGAGGGGUCACCCUACCGGGAGCCUUCAUAGGAAUCAAGUUCUACCUUUACCCAGACCUGGGCCGCCUGUCCGACCCACAGGUAUGGAUGGAUGCAGGGACUCAGAUCUUCUUCUCGUAUGCCAUCUGUCUGGGGUGUCUGACUGCCCUGGGGAGCUACAACAAGUACAACAACAACUGCUACAGAGAUUGCUUGUCGUUAUGCUUCCUGAACAGUGGGACCAGUUUCAUGGCUGGCUUUGCCAUCUUCUCCAUCCUGGGCUUCAUGUCUUAUGAGCAAAAUGUGCCCAUCUCAGAGGUGGCAGAAUCAGGUCCUGGUCUGGCCUUCAUAGCGUACCCCCGUGCUGUGUCUAUGAUGCCCUUCUCUCCUCUCUGGGCCUGUUUCUUCUUCAUCAUGAUCGUCUUUCUGGGGCUGGACAGCCAGUUUGUGUGUGUAGAGAGUCUGGUGACGGCCAUGGUGGACAUGUACCCUAAAACAUUCCGUCGUAAGAACCGCAGAGAGCUCUUCAUCCUGGCGGUGGCCAUCUUCUCCUUCCUCAUGGGUCUCAUCAUGCUGACCGAGGGAGGCAUGUACGUCUUCCAACUCUUUGACUACUAUGCUGCCAGUGGGAUGUGCCUGCUCUUUGUGGCUGUCUUUGAGACAGUUUGCAUUGCUUGGAUUUAUGGUGCUGACCGUUUCUAUGACAACAUUGAGGACAUGAUUGGCUACCGCCCUGGGCCUAUUAUCAAAUACUGCUGGAUGUUCUUCACUCCUGCUACCUGCUUAGGUACCUUUGCCUUCUCCCUGAUCAAGUACACCCCUCUGAAGUACAACAAUGAGUAUGUGUACCCCUGGUGGGGCUACGGACUGGGCUGGCUCCUGGCCCUGUCCUCCAUGCUCUGUGUCCCCCUCUGGGUGGUCAUCAAAAUGUGUUCUGUUGAAGGCACCCUGAAGGAGCGCUUUACAAUCCUGACCACACCGUCCACUGACUUACCCAAAACCAAGAAGGAGCAAGAGAAGCUGCUGGCCAUCUUUGCUGCCGAUGGGGACAGCCUCCGUCAGAGACACCCUCCCACCAAGGAAGGCUACUUCCCCGUCAACGAGAAGGAGUCCAACUGCUAGAGCUGGGAACGUGGACCCAGGCCUUGUGAGGUCCCAUGUCCCUCCCCUUGACAUGGCAUCUGCCUUGGGCCCGUCCCAAACCUCUCCUCAACGAUACCUCAUAACUGCACAACUGCGGCCAAAUGAGCACAGAUGCAGAGACACUGGUGCUGCUGUGCCCUGGCUCUUUCUCUCCUGCAAGGUCUCUCAUAGACAAUAUAGACUACUGUUUCAGGUGCUGUUGUUAAAUCGUGUAUGUACCGAUGUUCACACACGCAAUGCUACUGGCUCUUCCAUCUACACUUCCAUCCACGGGACAGUUGCUCUCCACCUCUGCCUCACACGGUUGCCUGAUCAACCAGGAACUCUAGCUGGGUUGUGCUGAUUUAGUUCGCCAAUGACGAAGUUUAGCAGACAUUGAAAUGGUGUGAUUCAGUGAUUUGUUAUAUGUCCAUUGUGGUUGAGACUUGAGAAUGUUUGUCUGAUGAUCACAUCUGCUUUCUAAGGAUGUGUUUUUUUGUUUUCCUUUUUUUCAUGGACAUCUCUGACUUAGUUGAAAGGACUGCUUCAUACAGCACAUCGUAACAAUGCUUUACAACCUAAUCGCUCCGUCUGUCCUCCCUCUGCCAUGUUCUCAUGUAGGGUUGCUCCUGAUUUCUAUUCAGCUGUGAGAGACACUGUGAUUAGGUAUUGUUUUAGUGCAUUAUGUUGAACUUGCUACAGUCAUAUCAGUUGAUAUAGUAAAUACAUCAAUCUAAUCAAUAUGUUUUUUCAUUUACCCAGAUAUGCUAAACCUUAGCUGACAACAUUUUUAGACGACAAAUAAAGGAAUCCGAUAACCACAUGCCAACUAAAAGCACCAUGUCAUUGUGGUUACAAGAAGCAAUGCAGAAUUGAACAAUUCAAUGUAUAAUUAUUUUGCCUCCGAAUACUAUGAUUUUAGAUUCAUAUAUUGGCAAGUGCCAAUAUGUUACACACAACCUAUACAGUUUAAUAUCCAGAUUUAUGUCAGAAGAAUUGCAUCAAAAAUACAUCUGAAGCCCAAGUGUCUGUCUCUAUUAUAGUAACCUAGCAUAGCAGGAGUAAAAGAAACCUGUAGAAAACAGACUGAAUAGGCUUUGCUUGGCUAAGGUUGUUGUUUGAGUUUAGGAUUAAGUCAGACAUACUGUAAAUGUAUUGCUUUGAUUCAAAAGCUUACUUGGACAUAUAAUCAUUGUGUAUUAGCAUUUUAAUCAUACCCACUGGGCACAGACGCCAGUUCAACGCCUAGUUUUGAUUUACAUUUUGUUGAGUUGUCAACUAACGUGAAUUCAACAUGAAAUCAACAACAAUUUUCAACAUGUCAAAGGAUUUAGGUUCAAAGUUGGGUGAAAAAAAGACAAAAUGCCCCUACGUGGAUUACUUUUUUCAAAUCCAAUACAUUUUCCUCAUUGAUUUAACAUCAUCACAUACAUUUUGGGGGUUGAAAAGAGUUUUUUGCCCAGUGGGUAGUCCUAUGUUAGGUUUUUUAAGGACUUUGAAAUGUAAAACCAGGAGAUUUGCAUUGCUCUCAUCCUUGGUUAGAUUUUUUUUUAAACUGUAUACAAUCGUAUAUAUAUAUAUAUAUAUAUAUACACGAUUGUAUACAGUUAUAUAUAUAUAUUUCUAAACUGUAUAUCAAGUCCAAAAUGUGAUAAAGCACAUGAUAAACAUAGUUUAAAAACUAGUGAAAGUAUGGAUUGUGUUCAAUAUAUUUUUGUUGUACAGAAUUGUGGCAUUUGAAAUCAUUGUACAGUACACUACACUAUACCAUCAUAGCGAGCAGCUUAGAAGUGAGAAGCUGGAGGGAAAGAGUUUUCCGGUAAUACUGAACUUGAGUUUCAUACCUUUUACCUUGGAAAAAUGAAAUGUCUCGGAAAGUCUGUUAUUUGCUUAUAUUGUGGUCUAUUCAUUAAUUCAUUAUAUCAUCAUCUACUUUGCCAUAUCAUACAAUAACAACUUUGAAAAGUAUAAGCUCUUACACUUCCAGUAUGUGUUUGUCAGUAUUGCCAAUGACAGUGAAGUGCAAAGCUGAAUACCGUUCACAUGUAUUACAACUGACAUUGUAAAAUAAAAACAUUUAUAUUAAAAGUUGUAAAAAAUUG